AUGGCAAGUCGUGAAUACUUACCCCUUGAUCUUCUAGAGAAUAUAACCAACCAUCUCUCUCCUGUUGAUUUGGAGUCUUUCGGUCGCUGUUGCCACUUGUUCCGACAACACACAACGGCUUACAAGAAUCGUGUCUUUUGCAUUGAAAGGGCGUAUCGCGGGAUUUUUGACGACGUCAAGGUCUUGAAAGAUUUUCAAAAUCUACAGACCUCAACGGGAUUGAUGGUUUCCGGUUCCACUGCACUGAGGUUAUUCACACGAGUUGAAUAUGGAGGCGAUCUGGAUUGUUAUUGUCAUUUACCACAGGCCAUUGCAAGCGGACUCUGGUUCUUAGCCCACGAUUUCUUGUUCAUGCCUACUGUUGAUCAGCUGGACGAUUUUGCUGCUGAUUUCACCCGAUUAUGCAAGCUUUUCGAUGACGAGACUCCCCUCGGUGGAAUCGCUGUAGAAGAAGAUAUUCGCGAAUAUAAACUCAACAACAUCGCUGCAGUGUGGAAUUUUAAACGCGGGCCAUUGAUAGUGCAAUUGAUGGGUACUCUGGGUUCACCUUUAGCAACCAUCCUUUCGUUUCAUUCAACUUGCGUAAUGAACAUUCUCUCUCAUGACGCCGCGUAUUGUUUGUUCCCCAAUCUUACCCUUGAGCGUAGAGUGUCACUGCUCAUCGAUCUUACGUUACCAAUGACGGAGGUCCAGGCAAGAGCGGUGGACAAAUACUCUCAACGUGGUUUUGAUCUUCUUCGGAAUGCUCCGACAUCUUCAACUUGCAAUCCCAACUCGGCGGUGACUUUCCUCCGACCACGCUUUGUUGGCGAUCGACAUUGUUACAAGAUCACUUUCAAAAACCUGUCUGGUAAUGCGAACCAAGGGAACUUUGUCGAGGCAAACAGCUGGGGAAUGUCUUAUCUCAGGAAAUUUAACAGCACUACCACCACUGACGUAGAUAUUUCUUGUUCAACUCCAUAUAUCGCUUUCACCGGUGAUAUUUUGGAUAUACAAAGACAUCUUCGUGCUGUAGAUGGAUUAAUUGAACGACAAUUAUUAAGCGACGAAACAGCUCUGUUAACAAUUCAAACAUUGAUCAGCCAAAACGCACGGCGUCCUCAUCCGGCAAGCUUUCCAUGGCAUGCACUAAACAUCGUCAUUAGCAUCCCCAUUUCAACUGCGCUCACGCCGUACUCAGGAAAUGGAAUUGACAUGGAAGUACUGAUGAUAUUCCAAACCUUGCGAAAUUGGCAAAAUGUUCGCGGGGUACCUACUCACACUGACAUUGUCAUGCCAUUCAAGAUGCACUCAACGGGUGCAAUGGGCAUUUUCAAUAUCGGUUUUCUGCUUUGCAACAUCUAUAGGAGCUUCAUCAGUGACGGGGAAUCGAAAGUCGAAAUCUGUGCAUUAUCGUUCAAAAUCGGGAUCGAUUAUGGUGUAGGCUUUGCUGCUUUCGCCGGAGUCUCACCUGCAUGGAUUGAACGAGCCGAAACCACACCAAUGUUCGAUGUUGUACCCGGUUUGACGGAGACUUUCGUAAUGACCUGGCCUUUAUGUCGUGACGAUCUUUCAACCACACAAUGUGUACACCACACAUUGAAGGAAUCUAGGGAUUUGGCAUCUAUGUAA